CAAAUCGACGUCGGGUCGGGUGUAGAUCGCGGUGUUAUUUGUUUAUUUCAAUAAUUUCAUCAGUGUUUCAUUGAUUUUACCAUUUAUUUUGAUUAAAUAAGUAAGCCAUAGAAUCAUAUUUUUCAAUACACAAGCAUGUGAAUACCAUAGUCACGAAAGUACAGAAACAAAUACAAAAUAAAAAUGCUGUCUAGAAACCUGUGUUUAUAUAGAAGUACCGUGAAGUAUUGCUCUAUAUCGUCAUGCUGCAUGAAAACUAGUGUUAAUACACACCGGCAGAGAACAUUUGCUAACAUUAGCUACGAAUUUCCACAACAUGAGAACAUAACCUAUAACCAAUCGAGUUUUGUAAAGAAAAGUCUGCACGGAACGAAGCAGCUCGUUGAUGAGGUACCAGAAGACAUAAACUGCAAUACAUUUACGUAUAGAACACAUACAUGUGGUGAGUUACGGCCAGAACAUGAGGGCAAGAAGGUCACUCUUUGUGGUUGGGUGCAGUUUUCAAGAUUAUCCAAGUUUCUCCUUCUAAGAGACGCCUAUGGCUUAACACAGUGUAUAGUGAAUAAUGACAACAUCAAUCUGUCUGAUAUUCCUUUAGAAACUGUUGUCAAAAUCAAGGGCACUGUCGCAUUGAGACCUAAAGAUAUGAUCAAUCAAACCAUGGCUACGGGAGAAGUAGAAGUUAUUAUUGAUAAACUUGACGUACUUAACUCUGUAGAUAUGCUACCGUUUAACCUUAGAAACUACCAGAAACCUAAGGAACAACUGAGAUUACAACAUAGAUAUGUUGAUUUGAGGUUUCCCGAAAUGCAGCAUAACUUGAGAGUGCGUUCACACAUGCUGCAUAACAUGAGGAGGUUUCUGAUUGAAAGUCAUGGAUUUGUUGAAGUUGAGACUCCCACGUUGUUCUGCAGAACCCCUGGAGGAGCUAGAGAGUUUGUAGUGCCAACCCAUCACAAGGGGCUCUUCUACUCUCUAGUACAAAGUCCACAGCAGUUCAAACAAAUGCUCAUGUCUGGUGGUGUCGACAGAUACUUCCAAGUUGCAAGAUGUUACAGAGAUGAGACAACUAGACCAGACAGACAGCCGGAAUUCACUCAGCUGGAUAUAGAACUCUCUUUUACUAACUUGGAUGGUGUCUUAACUAUGAUUGAAGAGUUACUCUACAGCACAUUUGUAAAAUCACUUCCAAAACCACCUUUCAAAAGAAUAACAUAUAGAGAAGCUUUAACUAAUUAUGGUACAGACAAACCUAACUUGACUUAUGACUUGAAAUUCGUAAAUCUAAAGAAAUUAUUCCCUGAAAAAUCAAAUGAUGAGAACUUUGGUGCCUAUGCAUUACCUUAUACUAAGGAAAUUGGUAAAUUAACUACUAAAUACAAAGAAAAAAUUAGAGAAUUUGCCAAAAAGCAUUCAUGUAAAGUAGUUUUGAGUGAAAAUAUCACAAAAGAAUUGGGCACUGAUGUUGGCAGGCAUAUCCAGUGUUUAGUCAAUGACUCGGAUGCUACUAUCAUUGCUCUAGGUGAAGACGAAAAUGCGUGCUUAUGUUUAGGUGAAAUAAGAGAGUUGAUAGCAUCACUAUUAAAGUCUAAUAACAUGCUCCAAGUCAAAUCAGAUGUUGAACCAUUAUGGGUUGUAGACUUCCCAUUAUUUUUGAAAGGUGAAAAUGGUUUAGAAACGUGCCAUCAUCCAUUCACAUCUCCCCAUCCUGCCGACUUGCAUUUACUGGACUCGGAGCCCCUAAAAGUUAGGUCUUUAGCUUAUGAUAUUGUAAUGAAUGGUAAUGAAAUUGGUGGUGGAUCAGUGCGUGUGCACAAUGCUGAAUUACAAGAGAAGAUAUUGAGGAUUUUGAAUAUUGAUCCGUCAACGUUAUCGCAUUUCUUGAAUGCGUUGAAAUGUGGAUGUCCUCCUCAUGCUGGUAUUGCUCUGGGUAUUGAUAGACUAGUCACAUUAGCAUGUAAUGCAGAAUCAAUAAGAGAAGUCAUAGCAUUCCCUAAAUCACAUGAUGGAAGGGAUCCUUUAUCAGGAGCACCAAAUAGCAUAAGUGAAGACGACAAAAAGUAUUAUCAUAUUACUACAAUAAAAUAAUUACUUCAAUAUUGUAU